ACGCCAAGCGUCCUUUUAUGUUCUUGAAAAACACUUGUUGUACAAGCACGGCGGCGGAUGUCAAUGCCUGUAACAGUAAAAGCUGAGUUUUCCUUCGAACCCCCAAAUCCCCCUUUCAACUGGGGAUGGGGAGAUUAUUUAGCGUUGGCAACCACACAACCAAAUGGUGUUUAAUGGCUUGUUUUCUCUCUUGCCUUGCCACGUAUGCCUUCGGCUAUUCGGCAAAAGAUACCUUUCAGAACACCUCACAGAAUCCCGCUCUAUUCGUUUGUCACAGGUUACUCUGUUGCUGCGUGCGUGUAUGCAAGAGGAAUAAGAAGAAGUUGAAUCUUUCAUCGGCUGUCUGGAGGAAAAAGGAAACUGGAUGGCCUUUACUAUCACAUUUGGUAGACUUAAUCACAAUUAUACUUGAGAAAGACAGCUGUAACAUGGAGUAUCGGUUAAACGCCAUCUUUUUACCCCUGUUUUAUGUGGCACAGUUCAUCCAGAACCGAGUUUUAUAUAACUGAGCCAUGAAUGGGCGGUAGAAGCACGUAUUGUAUCUUGUCAACUACCAGAAUUGGUUCUUUUUAACGUUAUUAAGCAAAACAAAAGUAAUGAUAAGCUGC